CAACCUCAACAACCAGGUAUGUUUGCCCAAAUGGCUUCAACUGCUGCCGGUGUUGCUGUUGGUUCCACCAUCGGUCACACUUUAGGUGCUGGUAUCACUAGUAUGUUUGGUGGUUCUUCAUCUGCCCCAGCUGAACAACAACAAGCUGCUCCACCAGCUCAACAACAAGCACAAUACUCUCAACAACAACAAGGUGGUGUUUGUGAUGUUGAUGCUAGAAACUUCACUAGAUGUUUAGGUGAUAACGAUGGUAACAUGCAAAUCUGUGACUUCUAUUUACAACAAUUGAAGGCUUGUCAAGAAGCUUCUCGUCAAUAUUAA